CCUAUCGUGAGGCCAAUCACCGAUUAUAGCAAUCAGUUCAAUGAGUUGGAGGGCAAGAGGUUUAGUGAACUACUGGAGGCGACUAAGUUUGCUGUCAUUCCCAACGAUUAUACCAACACUAACCAUAUAAUACUCAAGAAUAGUUUAGACGCCUACAAAGUGCUCAUCUCCAAGAAUGACUUUCAAAUCACAAAUAUCAUCAAAAUGUGCAAAUGUUUGGACACAUUCAACACGUUGUGCGAAACUGAUCGCAUGAUUUUGACUAAACACUCGGCGAUGGAGAUCGAGAUGUUGAGGCGACUCAUGUGCAUUGAUUUCGAGAACAAAUACGUCAAUAUAAUUAUCAAUGACACCACGUUCAAAUUACAUUUCGAUUUGUAUCAAAACUAUCCAUUUCGAGCCAAAGACUAUAUCGGCACCGAUAAUAAUAUAUACAUUGAUUUUCUUGAAACUAUGGGACUAGACUGGGAUUCAGAUAUUACUAUCGUUGACCUGUUAACAGCUAUUGUUCUGUUUAAUCCCAAUCGGCCAAACUUAGUACAUAAGCAUAUGGUUAGGUGGGAACAAUUCAAGUGCUAUUUGGGCGGCAAUUGUGAUACGAGUGUCAAAAAUAGGAUUAAUUGCAAGAAAUGUCGUUUAGAUAAGUGUUUCGCUGUCGGUAUGAAAACGGAGUUGUUUUGUGCCGAAAAUCAAAGGCAAAAGAAAAAGUCAAAACAAAAUUCAAAUAUAAAUUGUGAAUCCAAUGAAGUAGAGGGUAGUUGUGUCCCCACAUUAUCUCCACAAAGUAGUAUAUGUCCCGGUUCUGUGCAAACAAUUAGCUCUAAUGAGAGUAUUGACAAAGAUUUAAGUGACUUUUCAAACCAAUCGUGUGAAUUGAAUGACAAUUCAGUGAAUACGACAGACUCUGAGUGCUGGACAGUCGUACCAAUUGUGAGGCCGAUCACCGAUUAUAGCAAUCAGUUCAAUGAAUUAGAGGGCAAUAAAUUGAGUGAAUUAUUGGAUGCCAUCCAAGCGUUGAACAUUCGGGUGAUGAUGAACGUGGACCACACGGUACUGAAUACAAUAGAAAGUGCUACCGUUCACAGAUACGAUAUGGACAUCAGAAAUAUUGUUCAAAUGUCUAAAUGUUUGACUGGGUUUCAAGCCUUAUGUCAAAGUGACCAAAUGUUGCUCAUUAAAUACGCGUCCAUUGAGAUCAAUAUUUUACGGAAACACAACACGUAUAUUUAAGCUUGACGACUUCCGUGAAUCACAGUUGUCACUGUCUAGAUUUACCCCUGAUGGUAUUUCUCACUCUAAAUUCUUGACUGAUAUGGGUAUUGAAUGGGAUUCCGAGACAUUAGUAAUUGAUUUGUUAACAGCAAUAGUCUUGUUUAAUCCGAAUCGUCCAAAUCUCAUUAACAAACAUGUAAUCAAACACCAACAGAAUAUUUACAUACAUUUACUGCAACGCUAUAUGGAAAUGAAGUAUCGGUCAAAAUUGCUAUCAAAAGCAAAACUUUGGCGAUUAUUGAAAAUUCUGUUGGAUGUGAAUCUCAUUAACCAAAAGCUCAUUAAGUUUUAUCGCACGACGAACAAUGAUCUCUUAAAAUCUCUAAUCAAUUCUGUGCCACUCGUCAAGGA